CACCACCCAGCCCGCUAGUUAUUCUUCAAUCCAACAAAAUAACUACCUCCCGGAGUCAGCUUGCGGCUCCGGCUGCGCCUUCAGAGCUUUUUCCAGCUCGGAUGGCGGAACACAUCCCAGGACAGGAAUAUGAGUAUGAAGCUCUUCCUUCGAAUUAUGGCUUGGGCCACAAUAUGUUAGCCGGUGCUUUCGCGGGGAUUGCGGAGCAUUCGGUUAUGUAUCCGGUCGAUUUGUUAAAGACGCGAAUGCAAGUUUUACAUCCGAGCUCCGGCGGGCUUUAUACGGGUAUCACGAAUGCGGUAUCUACUAUCUAUCGGAUUGAAGGCUGGAGGACGUUGUGGAAGGGCGUCUCGAGUGUGAUUGUGGGCGCUGGUCCUGCGCACGCUGUCUAUUUCGGUACAUAUGAGGCGGUCAAAGAGUUUGCAGGUGGAAAUGCGGAUGAUGGCCAUCAUCCAUUUGCUGCUGCUUUGAGCGGUGCAUGCGCUACUAUUGCUAGUGACGCUCUCAUGAACCCAUUCGAUGUCAUCAAGCAGCGAAUGCAAGUCCACGGAUCCGUUCACAAAUCAAUUGCGCAAUGUGCCAAAGCAGUCUAUCGCGCCGAAGGUCUCCAAGCCUUCUACGUCUCGUACCCAACCACUCUCAGCAUGACCGUCCCUUUUACAGCUACGCAAUUUGUAGCCUACGAGUCAAUAUCGAAGAUCAUGAACCCUUCGAAAGAGUAUGAUCCAUUCACUCACUGUAUUGCGGGAGGUCUCGCCGGUGCCGUGGCAGCGGCAAUCACUACACCACUCGAUGUGAUCAAGACACUUUUGCAAACCCGAGGAUUAGCGACGGACCAUGAGAUUCGAACUGCGCGAGGGUUGUUCAAUGCUGCUGCUAUUAUUAAGCGUCAGUUCGGAUGGGCUGGUUUCCUGCGUGGACUGCGACCUCGCAUUAUUUCGACCAUGCCCAGCACGGCGAUUUGCUGGACUUCGUAUGAAAUGGCAAAGGCUUACUUCAAAAACCAAAUGGCCGACAAAUGAACCGACCACAGCCACUAACCUGUUACUCUUCACGAAUAUGGUGUGGAUUUUAUCGAUCCGACACUUCCGCUUUUCCCCCAUGAACACCAUUUUCUUCUACAGCCGGCAUGAACAAGAAUAACGAACGUCGUUUUGACUGUCCACACCUUUCCCCUCAUCGAACAUCUUCAUCGAUCUCCUAGAGGCCAGCGGGCUAUUUUUGCUGGCUUCUGACGACCCAUCAUCCUCGCAUCAUAACGUUCUAUUCUAGCGAUGUAUAUUGUUGCCCAUCAUUUUCAUCAUCAUCGCGAAGGGGCAUUUCUGAUAUUUCUUCGCACAUCACAACAUCAAACAUCUGAAUUCGGUAUGUCACCAUCAGCAUGAAGUAACUUCAUUUUUGAUUUCUGCAUCCGAAGAAACCUUGGAAUUUCAUCACAGCAACAUUCUUGUUUCUACAUAUGUUGCGUUCGUUUCUAUUUGGCGUUCAGAUCGGAUGGGAUUAAAAUAAUCUGUAAAGACAUGGGAGAAAAUGGGUGGAUUACUUUUUUUUUCUUAUCAUCUAUUUUCUUCUUAAUCGCCUGGAUGUUCGGGGAUGCUUCUUUAUGUUCGUGGUUGUAUGAUGUUGCUUAAGGGGUUUGCCAUUUUUUUUGUAUGUUUAUCAUGUACUCAUAGAUAUGUGGAAGUCUGGUCUUGGCCUUUUCAUAUGGUGAGGAAUGGAGAAGGAGAAAAUAAAAAGAUAUACAAAAGUAUAUCGAUGCAUU